AUACACUACUUGCAUUUGCUUCUGUCAAGCUUGAUAUACUCACUGUUGUGAAGAAAGGUUAAAUCAGUAAAUUUGGUUUUGCAGUAAUAUUUUAUAAAUAUCAAAGCAAUCAUGGUCGUCGAAAAGAACGCCUUCUCUGGAAAUCCCCUCGAGCAAUUCGUGUUACUUGCGAAAAGUGCCAAAGGUGCAGCUUGCAUCGAGCUUGUGAAACAAGUGCUUGAAGCUCCUGGAGUUUAUGUAUUUGGGGAGCUACUCGACAUGCCAAACAUCUCUGAGUUAGCAUUAGGUCCAAGCAAGAACUGCAUAGCAACAUUAAAUUUAUUUGCUUAUGGUACCUACAAUGAAUACCUCCAAAACAAGGAACUCUUCUUUGAACUAAGUCCUGCCCAGAAGAAGAAACUUCAGCAUCUCACUAUUGUUACUUUAGCCACCCAGUCAAAGUGUAUUCCAUAUGGAAUUCUUUUGAAAGAAUUAGAUAUAAACAAUGUGCGUGACUUGGAAGAUCUUAUAAUUGAAGCCAUUUAUGCAGAUAUUAUCCAUGGUAAAUUGGAUCAGAAGAAUAGUCAAUUGGAGGUGGACUGCGCCAUCGGUAGAGACAUAAAACCAGAUGAUAUUAAUGUUGUUGUGAAUUGCUUGCAAGAGUGGUGUUCCGCUUGCGAAGGUGUUUUGGCUUGCGUAGACACCCAAAUCCAUAGAGCUAACAACGAGAAGAAUAGAUGUGUUCUAAGAAAGACUGAAAUCGAGCAAGAAAUCGUGAAUAUAAAGAAAACUUUGAAAGCGCAAUUGGAAGAUAGAAAUGAGGGGACGGAUGAGGUGAUGGCAACGGAUAGUCGCGAGGCAACGGCGAGUGGCGAGAAGGGCAAGAAGUCCUCCAAAGGCAAAGGUAUUAGAUCAAGUAGUAAGUUCUGGUUGAAAUCUUAAUCUAACAGAAAGCACACAUAGUUAACAAUUAUCUCAUACGUAGCAGUGUCUAGUCUUCUAACUGCAUUUGUAAUAAUCUAUCUGUAUUAUAUAUAUAUUUUUCGGGAUUUUAUUGUUCGAGAAUAAAGUCUUCUCUUAAUCCC